AUGUCAUUUGAACACAUGAAUCAGUCCAUUUUUUACGAUGACACAGUCAUUAAAAGUUUCAACGUCUGUGUCGCAUUCAAGGAUCGAUUUUCCUCAACCAAUGGAAUGGACUGGGACAAAACAGGAGAGGUUAUGGUUAACUCCUCAUUUGAUAAGACUCUGUACAUAUAUUCAGUAAAUAAAUCAUGUGUUACAAACGUUCUUCAAAGCAAAAAACAUGGAGUUGAGCUGGUGAAAUUCACCAGUGAAGGCCCAAAACACAUUUUAUGCUCAUCGGGAAAAGAAUCGCAAAAUGGUAAAUUUUAUAAAAUACAUACAAAUUAUAACCUAUACAUUAUCAUAAAAUUAUGUUUAGUCUCGGUUAGGCUUUGGGACAUUGUAGAGAAUAGAUAUGUAAAAAGCUUUUCAUUAAACACACACUUAUCCAGAGGGGUUGGAAUAGUUUCUCACCCGAAUAGAAAUAUGAUGAUGACUAACUGUUCCGACGGGACAGUCUCUGUAUACUCACUUGACAACACAACGCCAAUAAUGAACUAUACAAGUCCCGGUACAUCAGUGGCAGCAUUUGAUUAUGACGGCCUGAUAAUAGGAAAAUAUAAUGGAUCUGGAUCGACUUCAAAGACAUUCUCACUAUAUGACCUCAACAAGCCACAGUCUCCCUUUAAAACGUUUGAUAUCUCCAAUGUUCUGAAAAGGACUGAAGAAGUUAAUAGUGUGUUGUUCAACCCUAACGGGAGGUUAGCGAUCUUAGGGACUAACUUCAAAAGACUAAUAUGCAUAAAUACCGUAAACGGAUCAGCUAUUUUUGCAUGCUGUUAUGGAGAUAUACCUGCAUCAAAAUCAACAGAAUCUGACAUAUGCUACCCCGCAAUCUCUCCUGAUGGAAAAUAUCUUAUUUCAGGGUGCACAGAUAACAUAGGUCCGCCGGCGUUUGUGGCAUUUAAUCCCAGAAAAGCAAUGAUAUCUUCAGCUUGUAUAAAAGUGGCAUGGUGGAUACCGAACAUGAAAACUGAAACUCAAGAAUAA